AGGCAACGAAAACGUGAUGAUAAAGUGAUGCUUUUUGAUGAAAUAGUGACAGCUCUUUGUUGGUGAAUAGAAAAUCAGAGGUGAAUCUGAGAGAGAGAAAGAGAGAGAGAGAGAGAGAGGACUCCUCCUACCAAAUUAUUCACACUGGGCCGGCUCUGCUCUGCUCUGCUCUCUUCACAAAUACAACACGGUUCUCAAAUCCAGGCAGUCCCAACCUGACCUCCAAGCACCGAGGAACCCCCUCCCUUCCUCCUGCUGCACAAAAAGAAGAAACCCAAAACUUUGUGACAUUAUUUUUUGGCAACUGUUCACACUGUAGCCCCCUCCUCCUCCCCUGGUCCCUCUCCACCACAGCUUCUACACCGUUUUGUCGCAUCAUUUGGACUAUAUACUUUUUCUUCUUCUUCUUUUACUGGAUGAGAGACAUUCACGGGAAGCAGGAAUUCAGCGCCUCUCCUCCUGUCCCACCCAUGCUGUAGUUUUUUUUCUGCUUUCAGCCGAGGAGGUGGUCUAAAUCACCAGGGUUUGGUUUGUUUUUUUUUCUCCUGUUUUGUGUUUUGUGUAGAGCCCAGUCGGAUGCGCUGAGAAAAACAAAAAAAAAAAAAAAAAAAGAGAGAGAGAAAAAGGAAAACGGGGCGCAGCGCAGAGGCACGGUAUAUGGAAGUUGUGAGCUGCAAAACAGAGGCGAGCAGUUGCACGUUGUGUCCAGGACCGGGAGCCAUGCUUUUCCACGGGAUCUCCGGGGAUCACAUCCAAGGGAUCAUGGAGGAGAUGGAGAGAAGGACGAAGACGGAGUCGCGCCUGGCGAAGGGCAUGCAGCUCAACGGCAGGGAGUCGACCAUGACCUCCAUGAGCCCGGAGAAGCCUGCCCUGUGCGCCGGCUGCGGUGGGAAGAUCUCGGACAGAUACUACCUGCUGGCCGUGGACAAACAGUGGCAUCUGCGGUGCCUCAAAUGCUGUGAAUGUAAGCUGGCGCUGGAAUCGGAGCUGACGUGCUUUGCCAAGGAUGGGAGUAUUUAUUGCAAGGAGGAUUACUACAGAAGGUUCUCCGUGCAGAGGUGCGCGCGCUGCCACCUCGGGAUAUCCGCCUCGGAGAUGGUGAUGCGAGCGCGCGACUCCGUGUACCACCUGAGCUGCUUCACGUGCACCACGUGCAACAAAACCCUGACCACGGGCGACCACUUCGGCAUGAAGGACAGCCUGGUGUACUGCAGGCUCCACUUCGAGACGCUGGUGCAGGGCCAGGACUACCAUCCGCAGCUCAACUUCGCCGAGCUGGCGGCCAAAGGCGGCGGCCUCGCGCUGCCCUACUUCAACGGCACGGGGACGGCGCAGAAAGGGAGGCCGCGCAAGAGGAAGAGCCCGGCUAUGGGGAUAGACAUACCCAGCUACAACACAGGCUGCAACGAGAACGACACCGACCACUUGGACCGAGACCAGCAGGCCUACGCUCCGACGCAGAAGACCAAGCGCAUGCGGACCUCCUUUAAGCACCAUCAGCUCCGGACAAUGAAAUCCUACUUUGCCAUCAACCACAACCCGGACGCCAAGGACUUAAAGCAGCUGGCUCAGAAAACAGGCCUCACUAAGAGAGUUCUGCAGGGAGAACAAAUCUUGGGGCAUUACAGCCAUACAUCCCGACGUUUGAAAAUUCCCUAAAGUAUUAAGAGAAGGGGAAAACUUUGAUGGGAAUUCCUCACCAUUGAAGACAAAGACAAUUUUAGGAUAAGAUGAUAGCAAAUCGAGAACAAAUAAAACAACCAACAUUAAAAAAAAAAUUGUGUCAGAUGCAAAUGUGAAACAGAUUUUCUUUUUUUUUGUUGUCUUUUAAAGAGCAAAAUGUUUGAAUGCAUCAGUAGAAGAGACAGUGGUGUAUGAUAUUUAUGCUAUCAGUGUGUAAAAGUGAAGAUUUCUGUUUUGGAGUAGAAAAUGUAACAUUUUUCAUGUAAUAUAGUUUAAAAAAUUACUCACAUAAAGAAAGGAUGUGAUUGAAGGACACCUAAAACAAUGAGACAAUAUAGAUGUUAUUGAUAUGAACACACGCACACACACACUGCUCCUAUUAUAAGCACAAGAUAUACAUCCCAACAGUAGUUUCGUCUGCACACACACCCCCCCACAGAGACACACACACAUGCUGCUGCCCUCCUCCUACCCCCCAUCCAAGAUCCAGCUUGCUAAAUAGAAGUUUUCUUUUGUCACAAGUGUCAUUUCGUAAAACACAUGGCCUCCUUGAGACUCGGCAGCAGGAUGCCCAUCAAAUAUGAUGAGUGUAUGAAGAGGACUGCAGAGCUGGAGCUUUGCCAUCUGGCUGUGCCGAGGGAAGGAAGUAUAAAAAAGAGAGCGAGAGACAAAGCGGAUAAAGAAGAGAUCCUCAUUCUUGCAUGCCCCUCAUCAUCUUAACAUUUUCCUCGAGGUUGUGUAUAAUUUCCUUUGAUCCGCUGUGUGAUUUAUUGUUUGCUGCAAAAAUGAAGCACAUGAAUUAUAUACCUCCUGAGCAGACAGCAGAUAGGCACUGUUGCUUCAAGCUUAUUUGUUCUUGACAUUCAGCUUAUAACUGUAAAGGGUGAAAAAUGCAUUCUUGGUUUCUCUUAGCUCAUAACUGUGGUUAUUUGUGAAAGCAGUAUUUCUCUCGUGAGUCCCAGAACGUUCCUGAAUAUUUUUGGUUCUCACACUUGAGGUUCUUCAUCAGUUACAUUUCUUCUCAGCAUCACUUUUUUGCUUAAAGCUGUUUGAAAUAUGAGUCAUGCAAUUGCAGAAAUAAUUGUUUUUGUAAUAAAGGUGAAAAAGCACUUUGUUUUCAGCAUGAUAUGUGAUGUACAGUGAAUGGACAGCUGCGUCUGAAUAAAUUAGAAUAUUUUAAAAAUCAUUUUUUAUUUUAGUAAUUUAAAUGGAAAAGGUGAAACUUAUAUCAAGGUUCACAGGUUCAUACUGUGGUUAUACUUUGAGAUGCUUCUGUUUAUUUUGAUGAUUAUGACUCACAACCAAAAAAAUUCAGUUUCUUACAAAAUUAUUAUUCCAUCAGUUUUCUAUGAUAUAGCAAAGUUAUGUGAAAAACUUCAAUGUUCAGGUGUCCAGCAGUCAUCUGCGAAGAGGGUAAGCCAGAAAAAAUAUCUUUGAUGAAGAAGUUGGGAGUUCACAGACUUCUGUGUGUAUGGAUAAUUAAGUGGAAGGAAAAAGUGCAAAGCUCAUUUAAUGGUUCUACGUAGAUUAACAAGGCAGCUGGAGUCACUGAUUCAGGAUAUGCAGGACAUGGACACCACUAGUGCAAAGCCACUGCUGAACCUGAAGCGUUUAACAGAACUGGACUGGACUCACUGGUCCAAAGUCCUAUUUUGGUUUUUUCUCUUAAAAUUAUGGUUCCAAAGUCUGGAGGAAGAGUGGAGAGGUAAUCCAAGUUGAGGAUUUUACAGAUGGUGAUGAUGACGUUGCAGACCAGCUCCACCUCCAGCAUGCUGCACCGUAGAAUGAAGCAGUAAUUUAUGCCAAAGGAGAGAUCAAGAACUGAGUGUACAUUCUCUACUGUGGAGAUUUCUGUACUAAAAAUCAUUUUUUAUUGCUGUUAUGUAAUCUUAAAAUUUUCUGCAAAACUGAAAUUUGGCUUUUCAUUGGCUAUAAACCAUAGUCAUCAAAUAAAACAGAAAUAUUUACAUGAUGUAUAUUAGUUUGAGUGUUAAAUUGAGGUUUGCUUAUUAACAUUUUAUCAGUGGAAUUGAGCAGAAUUUCUGAUUUUCAGAAAUGUAUCUGAAUCUGCAAAGCAGGAGGUUUGGGGUUUAUGCUGUGCAGCACAAACCCAGCGGCACAAAUGCUGGGUUUGCAUUUCAAAUAAAGAAAGAGCCAGAAAAAAAAAGCCACACCAGUAAACAGGCUGGUGCUGGAUUCCAACAAUGUGGGGAAACGCUCCAGUCAGUCCGAGAGAAAAGCUGAGCCGCCGGGGCGCCUGAGCGCCGUGGCAGCAGGGCUUGUGUUUCUCGGGUCUGAUGGGAGGAAGGUGGGCAGGUUUGACACCACACAGCUACGGGAAGCCCAGAUGGAAGCAGGAACACAAACAAACACAGCCAGCCCCUGCUCCGGGUUCUGGAGCUGCUGCAUGGAAAUUCUGGACAACGUCAUGACUCCACGCUGGCAAGAAAUUCAGAGCUUCGCUUCUCACUGGAAUGUAUUUUAUCUUCAAUGUUUUUUUGGGGGGGUUUUGUUGUUUUUUUUAGGCAGGCCUUCUUGAUCCAGCUCUGUUCCGCCAUAAGGGUUGCUAUAUUCCAGUCAAAGUAUUGUUGUGGUUUUUUGAAUAAAAAAACAUGCUUAUGUAUUUGAA